AUGUCAAUUAUUACCUUAAUAGGAGCUUUUUGCAACGGGAAUAAAAUAAAAAAUUGUUCAACUUUCUCCAUAGCAACUUCAGGAAGGAGGAUCACUGGGUCAGAGAGGGAGAAGGCGAAAAGUUCGUCUUCUUCUACUCCCCUCGCUACUGGAGAGUAUGCAGAAGACCUAGGAAGUGGUUUCAGCUCAGAUGAGGAGUCCAAUUACAAGAAGAUGUAUGAAGAGGAUAUAAAUCCAUUUGCAGCUUUCUCGAAGAAGGAAAGGCACCAAAGAUACAAGGAACUUGGUUUGAGAGACAAGAUUACUCUCAGGAGUGGAUGUUUUCUUCUUGGUAACAAGAUGCAGAUAGGCUUGCAACUCGGACUGGAGUAGAUGUUGGUGUUAUGCUCUUUUCACCAAGUGGAAAACCAUGUUCCUAUGGUUCCACAAGUAUAGAAGAAAUCAUUGAUAACUUUUUCAAAGUGAAACUAGAGGAUCACCAAUGUGAUCAUGCUGAGGGAAAAAUAAAUGGCUUUGAGGUAUUGGGAGCUUUCCAUAAAGAAUUACAAGCAUGGAAUGAGAAAGAAAAAAAACGAAAACUAAUGUAUAAGAUUAUGCACUCUGGCUCAGAAGUACCUCCGGAUCAACACAUGGAGGAGCAGAAGCUUGCAUUGAAGUUGAGGGUGGAGAAAAUUAAAAAAGAAACACAAGGUGCUAUUCUUGCCGAGCUUCUCAAGAUUGAUUUAAAUGUUGCCCCUGAGCAAGAAGAAGAGGAGAGUUCUUGAACUCAUAAUUAUCAUGUAGUUGGUAAUUGGAGUUCUUGAAAUUGGAGCUAUGCUUGGAGAAUACUUUACCAGCGGUCGAGUCUUCUGAUAUAUUCAAUUCUUGUUUUUUUUAUUAGUCACAUGUUGUUAGCCUUUAGUCAUCCGUUGAGGUUUUAUUUAGACCAUAAAAUAGAAGGGUUAUGGAGUUCUUAUGUUAUAAAGUUAGUUUUUUUCGUUUGUUUCAUCUUUAGUCUAUAAUGAUGCUUUGUGUUGUCUAGAUUGGUAAAUCAAUUGACUUUUUCUAUUUAACUAGUGAACAAUGUGAAAGUUAUAGAUCAAAGAAAACCCUCGUAUAUUCAUUGAUAUUCUUUUA